AUGGCGCCUAUCAAGGUGGGAAUCGUCGGGUACGGCUUCGCCGCAAAGAACUUCCAUAUACCAUUCAUCUCAGCGAACCCAGACUAUCAGAUCAUCGCGAUUCUUCAGAGAGCAGAGGCCCCGACUGAUCCCUCAUCAGCAACACCAGGAUCCCACUGUACGGUUGACUUGCCAGGCAUCAAGCACCAUCGCACGGCUGAGGAUUUCUUUGCUGAUUCCGAGAUUGCAUUUGUUGUCGUUGCAACUCACACAGACACCCAUGCUUCAUUUGCGGAGAAAGCUUUGCAAUCGGGAAAACACGUUAUUGUCGAUAAGCCUUUCGCUCGAUCAGCCGAAGAGGCAGACCAAGUCAUCAAACUUGCAGAUGAGAAGGGCUUGAUCUUGACCUGCUUUCAAAACAGACGAUGGGAUGGCGACUUCCAGACCCUACGUAGCCUUGUGUCGAAGAACGCUCUGGGGAAAAUCAUGGAGGCUGAAAUUCAUUACGACUUUGAAUCCCCGCCCUGGCUGUCACACAUGACGGAGAAGAAGUAUACUCCGGGAUCAGGAAUGGCAUUUGGCCUAGGAACCCACAGCAUUGAUCAAGCCGUUGUGCUCUUUGGACGUCCCAAGUCGGUAACUGGCUUUCUCCGUGCCCAGCGUGGAAUCGAGAGCGAAGUUGAAGAUUCGUUCACCAUCAUUCUACAGUAUGAGGGCGAACAGAAGGAUCUAUUGGUCACUGUGAAAACGAGUGUGACGACACCACUAGCACAGCAAUUGAAGCUUCUUGUGAGGGGAACAGAGGGGUCAUACAUCAAGUGGCAACAACGUAGCACAUGUCCACAAGAGGAACAGAUUCAGAAGGGCGUCAAGCCGCUGGACCCAGACUUUGGAAAAGAGCCUGAGGCUUUACAAGGAACAUUGACCACGUACAAGGUGUUUGAUGAACGCUACCAGAAGCUUGACCCAGAGACAAACAAGUAUACUGGGAGGUAUCCUACGAUCACCGGUCGAUGGAUUGGUAUUUAUGAGAAUGUGGCCAACGCUAUCAAUGGAAAAGACGAGCUUGCCGUCAAGGCAACUCAAUCUCGGGAUGCCAUCAGGGUUAUUGAGUUGGCUCGAGAGUCCCAUGAGAAGGGAGCCACCAUCCCUUGGAGAUGA